AUGCAAUUCAACUUCCAGAAUCGUAUGAACGCCAUAGUUACGAGUACAGUUUUGCCAACAACCAGCUCCUCCAGCACUUUGACCCCAUCUACAGCAGACGGGCCCGUCUCUUCGUUACGAGUUCUGUAUCCAAUCAUGCUGUUCCUCUCGGUGGUGUCAUCAACGCAUGCAUCAGGGCGCUGCUUCAACACCGAGAAAGGCUUGAGCAUCGAAGGUGGAGACUAUCGACGACUAAGAGGCAUUGAUCAUAGAAGCUGCGCAAUCGAAUGUCGCGAUGAUCCAUCGUGUUUGGCAUAUGAAUGGGGUGAAAAUGAAGAGGUCUGCUACUUGAAGUCACGAUCAUUGAGCGGUGAUCUUAUGAAGAAGGAGGAUUCGCUGAUUGGGUUUUGCCUCGAUGAAGAAGACGAGCUAAGGGAUCGUUUCCGCGAUCACGUCGUGGCUGGACCCGAGUUAGCCUCUCUAGCAGGGCUUGAUGGUGAACAAUGCAAGGAUGCGUGUUUUUCACUUCCAGAAGCUGCUAUCUACACUUGGUCUCCAGAUGAUUUGGAUGACGAUGACGCCACUAUUGGAACUUGCAAAUGUCUGGGAGCUCUACGGUCGAUCAAGCUUAUGUACAACUCAUUUUCUGGCUUCCUUGGACCAAGAAAGCGACAACUUCGACAAACCAGACACAGCCCUGCUGUCAAACCCUAGUCAGCACGGUCUCUUUAUUUCUGUGGAUCUCUCCCCUAUGAGUCGUAUACUCUGUAUAUUUGGCGAUUGAUCAUCUUAAUAUUUGUUAUUUGGUAGAGUUUAGUAAGUUGGUAGUGUCAAUUUUUAGUGAGCCGUUUCUGUAUCUAUUUUCACGCAUCUUCUGAAGGGCGUAUGUGUGUUCAUAGUCUCUACAAGAUAAGAUCUCGCGCCUAUGAGAGGGUCACUUACGGGUCUAUACAAAUUGUUCUCAGAAUUGUCCG